AUGGACAGUGAAGUACAGAGAGACGGAAGGAUCUUGGAUUUGAUUGAUGAUGCAUGGCGAGAAGACAAGCUGCCCUACGAGGAUGUUGCAAUACCGCUGAAUGAGCUUCCUGAACCUGAGCAGGACAACGGUGGCACCACGGAAUCUGUGAAAGAACAAGAGAUGAAGUGGACCGACUUGGCCUUACAGUACCUGCACGAGAAUGUCCCCCCCGUAGGAAACUGA